UCUGUCAACACCACAGUGGGAAUCUUAUCUUUUCUCCUGUUAAUCUCUUUUCAAAAAUUCCAUUAACAUGGAAGACAAAACUGGAAGCUACGCCACCAACCUCGUGGAUCCAAAAAGCGGUUUCAACACUGCUUCUAGAACCUUCCACAGCCUUAAGCCCCCACUCAACCUUCCUCCGCCUCACGCCAACAUCUCCGCCGCGGCAUACACCCUCUCCCUCCGCCGCAACUCGCCCUGGUCCGACUCGGUUAUCGCACUCGUCGACUCAGCCACGAGUCACCAACUCAGCUACUCAGACUUGAUCCAGCGUUCAGAAACCCUGGCCACCAACCUCACCACACUCUAUGGACUCACCAAAGGCCAAACCGCAUUCAUUCUCUCCCCAAACCUCAUACAGGUUCCGAUCCUCUACUUCGCGCUACUCUCUAUUGGCGUGGUCGUCUCUCCCGCAAACCCAAUCAGCACGCGCUCCGAGAUUUCCCACCUCCUCAACCUCUGCGAACCUGUCAUCGCCUUUGCGACGUCGUUUUCCGCACCCAAGCUCCCAAAACUCCGUCUCGGAACGAUUCUCCUCGACUCGCCCGAGUUCGACUCGCUCACAACGACUACCGCGGCUUCAAUCCCACGUGGCGGCGUGGAGGUGAGCCAAUCCGACGUGGCGGCGGUUUUGUACUCGUCCGGGACCACCGGGAAGGUGAAAGGCGUGAUGCUCACGCACCGGAAUUUGAUGGCGACAGUGGCGGGAUACGACGCCGUUCGAGUGCGGACGGAGAGCCCCGCUGUGUACCUCUAUACGGUGCCGUAUUUUCACGUGUAUGGUUUCACGUACUGCUUGAGGUCGGUGGCUAUGAUGGAUACGGUGCUGGUGAUGGAGAGGUUCGGUUUAGGGAAGAUGCUGGACGCGGUGGAGCGAUUCGGAUUGACUCACCUUGUGGCAGCGCCGCCGGUAGUGGUGGCGAUGAGCAAAAACGGAGUGACGGAGGGGCACGAUUUGAGUUCGUUGCAGGGCGUUGCUUGUGGCGGCGCUCCGCUGGGAAAGGAGACCGUUGCGGCUUUCAAAUUAAAAUUCCCUCGAGUAUUGCUAGUCCAGGGAUAUGGGUUAACUGAAUCAACGGCUGGAGUUAUCCGAACAAUGGGUCCCGAUGAGACUAACCGGCCAGGAACAACAGGAAGACUGAUAGGAGGGAUGGAAGCAAAAAUAGUGAACCCCAACACAGGAGAGGCCAUGUUUCCUGGUGAACAGGGGGAACUCUGGCUUAGAGGACCUCCAAUUAUGAAAGGUUAUGUAGGUGACCCAGAAGCAACUUCAGCAACUUUGGGGGAUGGGUGGUUAAGGACAGGGGAUCUCUGCUAUUUCGACAAUGAAGGUUUCAUGUAUGUUGUAGACAGGUUGAAAGAAUUGAUCAAAUACAAGGGCUACCAGGUGGCCCCUGCAGAGUUAGAACAAUUGCUCCAGUCUCACCCAGAGAUAAACGACGCUGCAGUUAUUCCAUACCCUGAUGAAGAUGCUGGUCAAGUGCCCAUGGCUUUUGUGGUAAGACAGCCUCGAAGUUCCCUGAGCAAAGCAGAAAUAAUAGAUUUUGUAGCCAAACAGGUUGCACCGUACAAGAAAAUAAGGCAUGUAACUUUUGUCGAUUCUAUACCAAAGAAUGCAGCGGGAAAGAUACUGAGGAAAGAGUUAAAAAAUAUAAUUGUCCCCCAUCGACCUUCCUCUAGGUUAUAAUGCUUCGUUUCAACUCAUAAUGUUUUUGUUUUCCAGCAAAAUUAACUGGUAUUUAAGUAAAUUCAUGCGAAUCUCUUACGAUAGAAUUAGGUUAUAAUGUCACGUGAAUAAAAGAUAGGUUGUUGGGGUACGUAAAAGUAUAAUCUGUAGAGUAGAUACAGUGAAUUGUAGGUACAAUGUAUUGUAUAAAUAAUAGUAUGGAGGAGAUUGAUGUA